AUCUCCUCUUCUCCCCUUCCCCGAUCCUUCUCCACCACAUCUUUAAUAAUUCGAUAAAUAAAUACCAGAAGAGAAGACAAAGUAAUAGUGGCAUCGCCGGCUAACGGAAUGACGAGUCCCUCUCCGGCGGCGGCGGCGGCGGCUUCGGUGCUGAAGGCGGUGACCCUGACCCACGUCCGGUAUCGGCGCGGCGACUCCCUGGGCCACUUCCUGGCCUGGGUCUCCCUGAUCCCGGUGUUCAUAAGCCUGGGGGGAUUCGUGACGCACUUCCUAUUCCGGCGGGAGCUCCAGGGCUUGUGCUUCUCGCUGGGCCUCCUCGUGUCCCAGGUCCUCAACGAGCUCAUCAAGACCUCCGUCCAGCAGUCCCGCCCGGACACCUGCGCCGCCCUCGAGAUGUGCGACUCCCACGGCUGGCCCUCCUCCCACUCCCAGUACAUGUUCUUCUUCGCCGCCUAUUGCACCCUCCUCUGCUACAAAGGCGUCGUCGGCGUCGCCUCGCCGUGCUCCAGGCUCUUCCUCGCCUUCCUCCCCUGGCCCGCGGCGGUGCUCACCUUGUACUCUAGGGUUUACUUGGGCUACCACACCGUCGCCCAGGUGUUUGCGGGGGCGACGCUGGGGCUGGUGCUUGGGGUGGGGUGGUUCUGGAUCGUGAACAGUAUGCUGGUGGAGUAUUUUCCGGCGAUCGAGGAGAGUGCGGUGGGGAGGUUGUUGUACAUCAAGGACACGUCGCAUAUACCGAAUGUGCUUAAGUUUGAAUAUGAUAAUGCCAGGGCUGCUCGGAAGAAGUUGGCUCAGGAUUGAAAUCUAAGGUGAUUUUUCCUGGAAGGGUCAUGCCUUUAAGGGAGCCUUAGAAUUAGAAAUGAUCAGAAUGAAUAUAUAUGGUUUCUUGAAGAAAAUAUCAACACACAUUGCAAACGCAACUGAUUGCUCACAUCAGAGUAGGUUGAGGGAACCGGAAGCUGGGUGAAGUGCUUCCAAUGAUAGUAAUAGUGGUCAACUUCUUCGCAAAGACCCUAUGACAAAUUAGAACUUCAUUUCCUUACAUUGAAUUUGGUUUUUACAGAUCUCAAUUAUUCUAUGAUUACAUUUAAACACAAAAUGGGAACCGAGUGAUGAUGAUGAUUUGGAAGCUGCUUUACUGUAGUUGCUAAUAUAAUUGAAUUUAAAUAUGUCUGACUGGAGAUUGCGGGAUGAACACCUAAGUUGGGAGGGUGCUGGCACUUGGAAUAGUGGUUGGUCCUUAAGGCUAAUUUUCUGCACUCUGCAGGUGGAACGUUAUCCUGUAAAACUAUGAUGCUUCUAUUUGUUUGAAGACCAUGCUUCCGGUCCUUAAAUUGGUUAGCAUUUGAUUACUUUACUGGCUGUAGCAGCAGUGCAUAUGUCAAAUGAACCUAAUCUAAGGGCAUGCUUGAUUUUGCCUGCAUGGAGCAGGCUUUGAGAAUAAUGGUAAAUCUAAAGUGUACUUCUCACAUGUUUGGCAAGCACAUGCUGCAAAAACACUUUUUAGGCACAGAGAGAGAGAGAGAGAGAGAGAGAGAGAGAGAUUUGGUGUUAGUCCGUCCAUAGUCACAGUUGUCUCUGGCUACAUUACCUGGGCUUGCUCGAAACUCAAAUUGGUUAUGGGUAUAUAUGUGCAUCCAAUCCAACCAAUUAGUUCCUGCCCUAUGAGUUGGACAGAUGAACUUGCAGCAAUUAUUAACUCCCUCCCUUCAAAAUAUGGAACUCUCACAAAAUUGCAGUGCCAGAUCGUCUACCUAGCUGUUGCUGUCUGUUUAUUUCACAGAAAGGUCCUCAUUAACUAGAUUUAAUCCUAGAUAGGUCUAAUAUACCUUUUGAUUUUCGGAUCCAAAAGAUGAGUUUUCUUCUAUCAAAUUAAGAAGAGGACUGGAUUCAUCCACUUUUUUUUUUUUUCAAAAAAUAAAAAAAAAACAGAGGGCAAACAAAGUCUGAAAGUUCAAGACAUUGGGAAAAACAAGUUAUAAUUCCAGGGUAUCAAUAUUUGGAGUUAUAAGCUUCAGAUACGGGGGACCAAUGGAUAUUGGACGUCGGGCGUAUUCUGAAAGCGCUAAUGUGUUGUGUGUAUAUUCUAAUCAGACAAAUCGUUGAAGACAACAUUAUAUGAAGGAAAAUUGUUGUCUAAUCAUGUUGCUAUUUGUUAGAUCGGUGUUUCAUUUUGGGAGGAUUGGAAGAUAUUAGCAGUUCUAGUGUUUAAUAUACUUUUUUAAAUAUAUCAGUAUCUAUUCCUACAAAUCAUUGAUAAGUUAAUCA